UACAUCAGACUUCGCUUCUACAGCUCCACCUGCCGUGUUCUACCGACACCUCUUCGGCCUCACCCACCCUUCAGGAAGAGAUGAAGGAGACAGAUGGGAGCCUCCUAGGUGACCCCAGCCAGACUCCACUGGGCAAGAAGGAGAGCACCAAAUGGCAGAAACCCCGGCUUACCCGCAAGGCUCUGAUGAAGUGCUGUCUGGUGAGGUGGAUCCUGUCCAGCGCUGCCCCUCAGGGGUCAGAUAGUAGUGACAGUGAACUGGAGCUCUCUGCUGUCCGCCACCAGCCAGAAGGGUUAGACCAACUCCAGGCUCAGACCAAGUUUACCAAGAAGGAGCUGCAGUCUUUGUACAGAGGAUUCAAGAAUGAAUGUCCCACUGGUUUGGUAGAUGAAGAGACCUUCAAGCUCAUCUACUCCCAGUUCUUCCCCCAGGGAGAUGCCACCACCUAUGCACAUUUCCUCUUCAAUGCCUUUGAUGCAGAUGGGAAUGGGGCCAUUCACUUUGAGGAUUUUGUGGUGGGUCUCUCAAUUUUGCUGCGUGGAACAGUUCAUGAGAAGCUGAAAUGGGCCUUUAAUCUCUAUGACAUUAACAAGGAUGGAUACAUCACAAAAGAGGAGAUGCUGGCUAUUAUGAAAUCCAUUUAUGACAUGAUGGGUCGUCACACUUAUCCCAUCCUGAGGGAAGAAGCCCCAUUGGAGCACGUGGAAAGGUUCUUUCAGAAAAUGGACAGGAAUCAGGACGGAGUGGUAACCAUUGAAGAAUUCCUAGAGACUUGUCAAAAGGAUGAAAACAUCAUGAGCUCCAUGCAGCUAUUUGAGAAUGUAAUCUAGAAGUGGGGACACUCAGUUGCCA